UUUUUUUUUUCCACUUUAUGUUUCUUAAAAUGAGAACCACUCGAAAGACAGUAUUUAUUUCAAGUUUUAUUUUAUUAAUUUCAUUUUUCGUGUCUCAAGUUAAAGCGACUGCAUUAACAUAUAAACUUGGUUCAAAUGAAAAGAGUUGUUUCCAUCUUUGGAAUGACAAGCCAGGCAAAAAAGUUGGUUUCUAUUUUGCCGUUCAACAAGGUGGUUCAUUUGAUGUUGAUUUUGACAUUCUUGCGCCCAAUGGGGAUUCUGUCUUGAAAGGUGAAGAAGAAAAACAAGGUGACUAUGUAUUUACAGCUAAUUACUUUGGUGAAUAUUCUUUUUGCUUUUCAAAUGAAAAAUCAACUUGGGCCGAGAAGCUAAUUGAUUUUGAAAUCUUAUUGGAAAACGAACAAAGGCCUGAAUUCACAAUAACUAAUAAUGGACAGGUGGAACCUGUUAAGAUUACAGAAAUGGAAGAAUCAUUGAUGCGUAUUUCAGGAUCUGUGACUAAUAUUUUACGUACACAAAAGUAUUUUAGAACAAGAGAAAAUCGUAAUGCAGCUACGGUAGCUAGUACGGAAGAUAGAAUCUUUUGGUUUGCACUUUUGGAAAGUUUGGCUAUCGUGACUAUGGCUUGUUUGCAAGUUUAUAUCAUUAAAAGCUUCUUUAAUGUAAAAAGAGGAGGUGUUUAAAUAUUGUUGAGAAUAAUAAAAAUAAUGCAAAAAAAAAGGAAAAAGAAUUAUCAGCAUUGCAUUAAUGAUAGUAUUAUUACAUAAAAU